GGUGAGGAGGGAGGAGGGGCGAGAGCAUAGCGGAUCGGCAGCUCCAUCUGCAUGCAGAGAUGAAACCUGCAGCAAACGCGCACUCACCCAUCAUUCAAUUCCACCGAACGCAGCAGUGAGUGGAACGCUCAUCAGCGCGCUGACAGGCUGCGCUCUCCUUUGCGCUUCAGUCGUCCUGCUAGAACAGAUUUCGCAUUUGCUCUGGUCGUUGAUUCAGCGCCAGUAGGCUACUUUUGGAUACAUCAGUUGCUCAAAACGAUCUACAAAUGAUUUACACAAUUGUAAUUGCUAUCUGAGGUAUUUAAAAUAUAUAUAUAUAUAUACUGGAGCCUAUUGCCUCUUUAACAUAUUACACAUAACUGUUAGAUAUGUGGUGAUGACCGUCACCACUUUGGUGCACAAGAUACCACUGUGCGUAAUGGGAGGACAGGUGUAUCAUACUUUAAGUGGAAGCCACGGGGCAGAAUGCUGCCUUCCCAUGGACUUUCACUGAUGCCCAGAAGUGGAAGUCGGAAUACUCUUGGCUGAAAUAACACCUUGUCAAAAUGGAGCUAAUGUGGCGUACAAUUUUCACAAUAAAAGGUGGGAUGUGAGAUUAGUGUCUUCAACCCUGAAACAGAGCCAACCCAGCCCUCCUCUGUCAGCAUGGAUCCCUGGCCUCUCCUUCCGUCGCCCCCCAACCUCUCCCUCCCCGAGCCCCUGUACUACGACAGCUACUUCCCAGGGAACGAGUCUGACCUGGGGUCCCGGAAUGACACUCCGGACGAGACCCACCAGGCCUUCGACAAGACCAGCUCCGUAGUUAUCACCUUCAUCUACUUCACGGUGUGCGCCGUGGGGCUGACCGGCAACACCUUGGUGAUCUAUGUUAUCCUGCGCUACGCCAAGAUGAAGACGGUGACUAAUAUCUAUAUCCUGAACCUGGCUGUGGCCGACGUCCUCUGUAUGCUGAGUCUACCUUUCAUCGCCGUGCAGCUGGCCCUGGUCCACUGGCCCUUCGGCUCCGUGCUCUGCCGCCUGGUCAUGACUGUGGACUCCCUCAACCAGUUCACCUCCAUCUUCUGCCUCACGGUCAUGAGCGUCGACCGCUACCUGGCCGUGGUCCACCCCAUAAAGUCCACCAAGUGGCGGAAGCCACGUGUGGCUAAGAUCAUCAACCUGACCAUGUGGGGAGUGUCCCUGCUGGUCAACCUGCCAAUCAUGAUCUUCAGCGGUCUGAUGCCCAAUAAUAACCAGGCUUGGGCGUGUACCAUUGUGUGGCCGGAGCCUCAGGGGGCCUAUCAGACGGCCUUCAUGUUCUACACCUUCCUCCUAGGUUUCUUCCUGCCGCUCAUCGUCAUCUGCCUCUGUUACCUGCUCAUCAUCAUCAAGGUGAAGUCGUCAGGCAUGCGCGUGGGCUCCACUAAGCGUAAGCGUUCGGAGAGGAAGGUGACCAGGAUGGUGUCCAUCGUAGUGGCCAUGUUCGUGCUCUGCUGGCUGCCCUUCUACGUGUUCAACGUCACCUCGGUGACCGGCACCAUCGACACCACACCCGUCCUCAAGAGCACCUUUGAGUUUGUGGUGGUGCUGGGCUAUGCCAACAGCUGUGCCAACCCCAUCCUGUACGCCUUCCUGUCAGACAACUUCAAGAAGAGCUUUCAGAAUGUUCUGUGCUUGAAGAAGGUGGCGGGCCUGGAUGAGGCGGAGCGCAGCGACAGCCGCAUGGAGCGAACGCGCAUGGUCAAUGACGUCACCGCGGAAAUGCACAACGCCGCGCUGCUCAAUGGCGAGCUGCAGACCAGUAUCUGAGUGUGUGUGUGUGUGUGUGUGUGGGCUGCUUGUGUGUCUCCUUGAGCAGAUGGACAGUGUGGAGCAGUUAGAAGGACUACUCAUAUUAAAGGCACUCUUCUAUAAUCUCCUGUACAACGGCCCAAACACCAGGGGGGUCCAGGCUUUCCCGACCCCCCCCCCUCCCCUCCCCUCCCCUCCCCGGGUGCAUCUUUUGGUUUUUGCCCCCAGGACUACACAGCUGACUCAAAUAACCAACUCAUCUUUAAUUAUUUGAAUCAGCUGUGUGGUGCUAGGGCAAAAAAAAACAGCGUGCACCCAGGCUUGGGAAAACCUGCAUUAGAACACAUCUGCCAAGAUCCGUCUCAGAAAAACAAAGACAGAGAUGGAAUGGAAGAAGAUGAAAAAGAGGUCUCUCAUGUCUCUUCAUUGACAUGGAUUGAUUAGUGCUGUCUUGAUCAGGAUAUGAGAAAGCACACUUUUGAUAACGCAUCUUAUUUAUUGAUCAGGAAAGAUGAAACUCACCAAGCCAGAUGUCCUCUGACUGAAGCUGGAGACUUUUGAGUUUUGCAUCCAGGAUCAUUGAUCAUUGAUUCUCCGACUUCAAACGAUCUUGAUGCUGUACAUAGACAUGGUUUUCUGUGAUGUGUUUUUGAUCUCCUUGUAAACCCCAGUUUAGCAUAGAUCACACCCCAUGUUAACUUCCCCUUGUUACUACCAUUCGUCUGUCGGCAGUUAUCAAGAUCAAUACUCUGAUUUAUAGUUGGCUCAACCUUUAGAUGCUAGCAUGGCCAAACACACACACACACACACACACACACACACACACACACACACACACACAUUCACGGUCUCUGAGAUGGGCUGUUCGUAUACUGUGUACAGUUUAUAAUCUGGUAUGACAUUUUCUCUUCUGCUGUCAGCACUAGUUGGCUUAAAGGUGAUAUGCUCCUAGCAUAACCAAGCUGUCGUGGUGCCAAUCUUGUUGCUACUCAACAGGAGGAGUUGUGUUUCAGAAUCACUUCUAUGCUGUCAGAGUGACGCUGAUGAUUUCUGAAUGGACAGUAUUGCAUCACUGAGGGAGCCACAGCUGCAGUGUUUUGAUUGGUAGAGAGAUGGGUGCAUUUCACCACCACAGUCCAAGGGCAAUGUUGUUAUCUCUCUAAAUGUGUACAGAUGGAGAAUCCAUGGUUCUGUGUGUGUGUGUGUCUGUGUACUUGCCUGCCUUCCUCUGUGUGUGUGUGUGUGUGUGUGUGUGUGUUUUCCCUGAAAGGCCUCACCAUGUUAGGGUGUGUGUGCGUCACUAUUUUCACAGCCCAUUAAAAGGAAAGAUUCACCCAAUUUGAAUGUUAUAUUGUUUUGAUGCAUCUCGGAGCGAUGUUCUAUCAAUUCCCGGAGACAUUUCAUGUUUUCAUGUGUAUCUGAGCUAUUGCCAUUCAAGCAGGCAGAAAUCCACCCGGUAUGACGUAGCACUGCGAUAAAGCCGUUCUUGCUACACUGGAAGUUAAUAGGAACAUGACUUUUAGAUGGUGAAAACGUCUAUCAUACUUGUCAGAUUUCAAUACUGACCAAUGCCAUAACACAAGAGGUUGUCUUCUAUCUAAUGAGCCAUUGAUCAUAUUUUUGCGAUAUUCCUACCUCGAGAAAUGUUUAAUUUAACAGAGGGUCCACCACAUUUCUCCUAUUUGUCGGUCUCUUCAGUCCAGGGUGCAUUGCAUGAUGCCAUUGCAUGGCCAUUGAGAAUGUCAGACUCCACUCUGUGAGGCACAUCGAUCUGCAGGUUGAACAUGGUAAUUUAGUGAACAUUUUUCUUUUGAGGGGGGGGGGGUGAUUUUACAGCUAACUAGCUACUUUACAUGCUGAUAUUGAUUUUGGUAUUACUGUGUGUAGCUACAUUUGCUAGCUAGCAGCCUACCAAGCUAGCCAGCCAGCCCAUAGAGAGAGCAUUGCAUUGUGGGUGUUGUAGUUGUUGAGCUGCAACAGAUUUCCACAACGAUUUCCACAUGUUGCUACCAACCUUAACACGACAAAAUGAAACUUUUGUUCACAAAAAAAUUGUCUUCGUGUAUUAGUGUUAUUUAACACAGUAAAUUAUAGGAAUGAAUGAUUCUCUUUAACAUAGUGACAUCAGGCAUUGUAAUUAGCAUCAUUAUGCCAGAGGCAGUUGAACUCUCUCUCUCUCUGUACAGUAGAUUAGGUAGACCGUACAUAGAUUUAACCCAAGAGGACGAGGGCGUAGGAUAAAGACAUAUAGGAUCAGGAGGAUGGAACCUCAGCCUUCUCUCAAUGUGUCGUUCAUUUGUGAAGGGCUAGAAGCUGCUAUCACUACCUUGCUCCUGCACACAAACACACAGAUACAGACUGACACAGACAAAGUCCCACACACCUUGAGGAGAACAGGUGGUGUUUGUAUGGAGAAACUAUCUACACUCUGCCUCACCCGAAAUGUACUUACAGGAGAGCAAAGAUGGCAGAUAUUAGAUAUAAUGUCAUACAUUCUUCUACUGUAAGCACCUAUUGUCCUCUGUGUGUGAGCAAUGUCUCUAAGUCGCUUGUUUUCCUUCAGUUCGCAAACCGUAUGCACAGUGUAAAAUAUUGUAAAUGACAUGUCAUAAUUAGUUUGUUACAUGUGAGUUCUCAGAUGGAUGAUAUUUUAUACUGGUGUUUCAUAAUACAGGGCAGUGUGUGUGUGUGUGUGUGUGUAUGUGUGUGUAUUGGUUGGCUCUUCUAUCCUUGUGGGGACCUAAAAUCCCCCAAAGUACAACAAGGAUAGUAAAACAAGGAAAAUGCUCCCUCGUGGGGACAUUUCCCACAUCCCCAUGAGGACAAAGGCCCUUAGAGGUUAGGAUUACAAUUAGGGUUAGAAUAAGGAUUUGGGUUAGAUUUGGGGAAAAUAGGAUUUUGAAUGGAAAUACAUUUUAGGUCCCCACGAGGAUAGAACAAAAUGUGUGUGUGUGUUGAGUCCAAUCUCGAUUGGCAGGGAGUCAGGGACUGCCGCUUGAUGUCACUCAUCAUUUGUGUCGCCAUGACUCACUGCGGUCACUAGGGUAUGUACUGAACACUGAGUCAAUGUGCACACAUCUAUCUAGCCCAUUCAUUACGGCGUAUCAGCUGUGGCAGUGUUCCAAUAAAAUCUACUUCAUUAGUGAAUAAAUGAACGCUCCCGAACCUUAAAGGAAACGUGAUCAUAUAAAGGAUCUGGAGAGAUGGCAUAAGUACAGAACACUGUGUGUGUAAUGAUUGUUAACUAAACAAACGACCCACAGAGAGCGAGAGGAAGGGGUCGAACGCGGUCGUACACUGUCCUCAAACGCAGUCUUUUCCGUCGGAGUAAAAGCAGAGGUCAGCCCACACCGUCCCUUUCAUCAUGUCAAGGGUCUGUCUCUCAGGUUCGAGCGUCACAAGUGGUUCACCUCGAAAUGACUCAGGGGCCGUACACUACUGACUGGCAGUCAAAGGAAGGAGCAGUUCUCAUAAUCAGAUAUUGAGAAAAACUAUCAGCUCCUCUUCUUGCUCUACAAGGUGAAAUGCAGUAACCUGAUCCCAGAUCUGCUUGUGCUCUUGCCACCUCCAUUGCUGUCAUUGUUUGGCCUGACAAACAUGUUUGGCCUGACAAUGAGUUUUCAUGAUAGCACAAACAGACUGGCAAACGCAGUUGAUGCUAGAUACUCGAGUACAUGCAGUAUCCUCACUGAAAGAGGAGAGUGAGUGUGGAGUGGCUCGCACAUCGUUUAAUUUUAGCUGCAGGUGAUGGGCAGGACUCGCAGGAGGUAUGUUUGUAAAUUAAUUUUGAUCAAGCUAUGUAGCCUAUUGAUUCCUUCUUGAUGAAUAAAUAAAAUAAAUGUUUUGUUGUUUCUCUGUAAUGCUAGCCCUCUUGAAGUUUUAUGAGGUUGGCUUUCUCCCACCCUCAUAACUACCCACUGGGCACACACUGGUUGAAGCAUCAAGUCAUUUAAAUGAAAUUACGUUGAACCAACAUGGAAUAAAAGUUUAAUUGACGACUGUGCCCAGUGGGUAGCUACCAAGCUAUUGAGACUAUCAACAGUAGUGUACAGUAACUAAGUAAAGAUACUUUGAAGUACUACUUAAGUCAUUUGGAGGUAUCUGUACUUUACCAUUUAUAUUUACUUUACUUUUACUCCACUACAUUCUUAAAAGAAAAUAUGUACUUUUUACUGCAUACGUUUUCCCUGACACCCAAAAGUACUCGUUACAUUUUGAGUGCUUAGCAGGACAGGAAAAUUAUCCAAUUCACACACUUAUCAAGAGCACAUUCCUGGUCAUCCCUACUGCCUCUGAUCUGGCGGACUCAUUAAACACAAAUGCUUCUUUUGUAAAUUAUGUCAGUGUUGGAGUGUACCCCUGGUUAUCCGUAAAUAAAUAAAAUAUAUAAGUCUCUGUAUAAAUUUGCUUAAUAUAAGGAUUUGAAGUAUUUACUUUUGAUACUUAAGUAUAUUUGAGCAAUUAUAUUUACUUUUGAUACUUAAGUAAAACUCAAAACAAAUAGACUUUUACUCAAGUAUUAUUUUACUAGGUGACCUUCACUUUUACUUGAGUCAUUUUCUAUUAAAAAAAGGUAUCUUUACUUUUACUGAAGUAUAGCAAUUGGGUACUUUUUUCCACCACGGAAAAUCAAGUUAGAUCAGCUUGUCUAACAUUCCUGCUGGCAAGGUUGCUAGACUUUAGAAAAGCAAGCAAUCACUAAAUGUACUGAAUAAGACUCACAUUCCUUUCAAUAUUUUACCCAGAUAUUAGCAGAGAUGAGGGGAAGCAUAUUUAGUCAAAAGAAAAAAAAACACACCAGUUAGGAGGAUAAAGACAGCUUGACAUAUGCUUAGAUAUGCAGAAAAAAAAUACUUGCUUUAAAUGUAAUCUGGCACCUUAUGAUAAUAUCAUGAUAUUUGUGUAUUAAUUAUGAAAUUAUAUGUGCCUGUAUUGAUUGUGUGUUAUCAUCCCAUGUACUGUGUUGUAAUUUGAAUGUAAUAUCCGAGGCAUGUUUGUGCAGUACGUUAAGAUUUGGGAUUGAAAACAGUCAGAAUGACACCCUCUGGAAUGUGUAGAAUAGAAUUAGGCAUAAUGAUUAUGGCUAUAGAUUGCAGGGGGAAAAAAGCUGCUUCAGGUGUUUGAAACCCCCUCUAUCCUCACAUACAUCCUGCCACCUCGAACAUAAUGGCCGCCUGAUGCCACUGCUGUUCCAAUUGGUUUGAUAGAGAGUAUUCAAUGUUAUAUGAGGUAGUCUACUGGGGCUGGAAAUAGUUUUUACUGGGGUGGUAAUUUACCAGGUGUACAGUGUACAUAACACUGCAAUGUAUCUCCUCUGACACUGUGUUCUCUUGUAGAGAUAGAGGUAGCAGAAGAGACACCCCGUUAGCAAAUUAUUAGAACAAUGUUUAGAGGUUCUUUUACUCUCAAUGGCCAUAGAAAUGGGAGGGAUAUGUAUAUUCUAUAAAAUCGUUGAAAAACCAAAUGUGUUUUAUGGCUAAUACUGUAAUACAGCAAAUCUGGUUGGGAUAUCCCAAAAAAUGCUGCUAAAUGUCUCCCUCAGCUGGUUAGCUUUGAAAUUGUGUAAUGUGAUUGCCCCAAGGAUGUUGGGCGGAUAUAGAGAUUCAAACUACUCUGCAAUGGUAGGCCACUAUGGAUACACUAUAUCUACAGACUGGUCCAUAAUUAUUGGCACCCUUGAUAAAGAUGAGCAAAAAAAGACUAUAAAAUAAACAAUAUAAAGAGCUAUGUGGUAUGACAAAAAAAAUAAAAUAGGGGAAUUAUUUUAUACUAAUACAACUGUUUAGAGAAAGAUUUGGUUUAACAAACAAAAUAGGGGUUAAAAUGAUUGACACCCCUGUUUUCAGUACUCCAGCACCCUCCCUUUACGAGGAAAAAGACAGCCACAAUCCACAAAGAAAUGGCUCAACAUUUUGCAAUGGCCAUCUCAGUCAACAGACAUGAACCCCAUUGAGAACCUGUGGUUUGAAUUGAAGAGGGCAGUUCAUAAGAGCAGAUGAAGGAUAUCAAGGAUCUGGAAAGAUUCUGUACGGAGGAAUGGUCAAAAAAACAAAACAAAAAAAGUGUUGUUAUCUUUGCAAGAGGACAGUCUGGGUACCUAAAACAGGGGUGCCAAUAACUGACCCCUGUUUUUUUGUAUUACUUGUUAAACUGAAUCAUUCGAUAAACAAUUGUAUUAGUAUAAAAUACAAUUUCCAAUUUUUGUUGCAGACAAUAUAGCUCAGUGUUUUGUAUUAUUUAUUUUACACGGUCUUUUUGGCACAUCUGUAUCUAGGGUUCCAAUAAUUAUGGACCUGGAUGUACAUACUCUGAUAGGAUUAAAAGAAGGCUCUUUGUCCAUACAGCUGCACAACCAAACAAACAGACAUUGUGAGAUCCUGAAUGGUUUUUGUAAAUAUGUCAUAUUGUUGCUUCUGCUACUGCUGUUACUACGACUACUACUUGCAAUUAAAAGCAGUUCCAUUUGAAAAUGGAUGGCUAUACUCA